AUGUCGCUGGUGUUUCGCCGGAAGGUCCGGGCACUGAUGACCACACUCCGGCAAGGCGGUGCCCUCGGCCGCGUGCGCGCCUCCAUCUACACCAUCGAGUGGCAGAAGAGGGGCCUGCCGCACGCGCAUAUCGUGCUCUGGCUGGCGCCGGAGGACAUGCCGCGUCCCGACCAGCUGGAUCACUUUGUGCGCGCCGAGAUCCCGGACGCCGACGCCGAGCCGGAGCUGCACGCCAUCGCCACAACCAGGAUGGUGUACGGACCGUGCGGCACCCUCCGUCCGACGGCGCCGUGCAUGGUGGACGGAGCGUACAAGAAGCGUUUCCCGAAGGCCUUCCAGUCCAUUACGGAGGUGCACGACACGGGAUACUCCCGGUACCGGCGCCGCAGCCAAUGUAGCGGAGGACGCACGGUGCAGCUCAACGGCUGGCCGGGCGGCGCCGUCGACGUCGACAACCGGUGGAUUGUGCCCUACAAUCCGUUCCUCAGUCGCGCCCUGGACGGCCAUGUCAACAUGGAAAUCAUCACCCACGCCGUCACGCGCAUACGGUACGUCAUCAAGUAUGUCAUUAAGGGCGGAGACCAGGUGAUGUUCCGGGUGUCGGCUGGGGACGAGGUGGUGGACGAGAUCGCCGCCUACCAGCAGGGCCGCUACCUGAACGCCAUGGGGGACGCUGGCGCCGACACCAAGCUCACCGGCCUCUUCAAGCGGUGCGCGGAGGACGAGUUUGCCCGGACUCUGCUCUGCCACAGUGUGCCGCGCUACUACACGUGGCAGACGAGAGCUUGGUGCUGGCGUCGGCGCCGCCGAGGCAAGCCGGACGUUGCCGGCAUCUUCGCCGCUGAAGCCAUCGGCCGCGUCUACACCGCCAGCCCGCGUGCCGGGAGGCGUUCUAGCUGCGCCUGCUCCUCCACAACUCGAAGGCCGCGCCAGCGGGCCAUGGAGGAGGUGGCCGUCGUCGCCCUCCCCCGCCAGCUGCGGCGGCUGUUCGCCGUGAUUGCCGUCGAAGGCCGUGUCAGCUGCGAUCUGCUGCGACUGUGGCACACCUUCCGGCACGCCAUGACCGAGGACGUGCGCCACCGGCUGUCGCGGGUGGGCGGCGGCGGCGGCGUCGGCGACACCGACGAAGCCGACGGCAGUAGCGGGAACACCUAA